AUGGAUGAUCUAUCGGCCAAAGAAUCAUGGCAACUCCUUGCUCUGGCCCGCAAUGUCGUCGCUGAACCGUGGUCCCUACCUGAAUCCAAAGCUCUUAGGGAUGAAGAGAUUGACGAAGAAGAACUUCAAGCAUCGCUCCAAAUCCUGAAAAACAACUCCCAGCCAGUGGUAACAUCUGAUCCUCUUCUCUUAGAGGUGUCUGCUCCGUAUGUGCCGUCUCUGUUUGUGUCUGAACCUGUUCCAGAUAUUUCUAUCACCCAGUUCAGCGAGUUUCACAUUCAUGAUGUUGCCCAGUUUGUCGAUCAACCGAGUGAACCUGUUUUAGGGUCUGGGCUGUCCAUACCUGUGUCAGUUAAUGUGUCUGCUCCCAGUGUCUCUGUUUCUGGUGUUUCCUUUGCAGGUACUAAAUUUGUUCCAAAACUGACUGCUCAAUCUUCGAAGGGUAAAAAUCUGAUUUCCUCCUCGAGCAAAAGGAAACUGGAUGAUUCUGAUGAAGUGAUGUUUGUGUCUGAAACCCGAGCCCGGAAAAAAUCUACUCCUCCAGUUUCGGUGAGAAUGACUCGGUCAAGAGCUGCUUCGGUGCCUCCGAAGUCUGCCCCUAAAUCUGCUCCAUCUACUUCUUCCAAGAAGUCAAAAUCCAAAACUUUUCAACCAGUGUUGCUACAUUCGGGAUUAGCUGAAGACUGGAAAACUAAUUGGGAUAGAUCUCUUUUGUUUGAAAGGAACAUUGUCGAGGAUGAUCUCAUUACACAUUGCAAUAUUCUAUCUCUUCUUCGGGAUCACAAUCUUUUGCAUACUGUUCAGAACAUUGGUCCUUACUCACCAUGGCUCGUUCCCGAGUUCUAUACAAAUUUACAGGAGGAUGCAGAUGCUUUGGGUUCUACUGACUAUCAUGAGGUUUUUAUUCGCAACAAGUGGUAUUCCAUCACACCACCUACUAUCAACAAGUAUCUAAAUCGUUCCUCGUCCGAUCAUUCGGUUUCUAUGAGUCUCAACUCUCUGGCAGGUACACUCACUCACAAUCGGGUUGUUGUUUGGCCUAAAACUGGUCUUCAGUCUCAACACUUAACAGCAGUAUAUUCUGUUCUCUUGCGAUUGGCCGCUACUAACUGGUUACCAUCUGUCAAUGCCAAUUUAGUAUACGAAAAGAUGGGGUUUCUUCUCUACAAAAUUUGA